AUGGGAGUUAGCGACGUGUGCGGCAGCGUGAAGUACAUCGAAGCGUCGUUCACCACAGCGUUCCGGCGGUUUUCGACCAAGCCCUUGCCGGCAGUGGGGUUGUCAAACGUCUUCGGUGCUGUGGUGAAGAUCGACGGAUAUGAGACGGACAACAUCGAGCAGUUAACGCUCAAGGACACAGUGCUGGAGAUGCCCGACGACACGACUGGCGUCACGUACAAGCUCAGACUUUCGGACAUGUGGCCGGUGCGUAAGCCCCGCCUGGUAGCUGAGAAGCUGGUCGGUAAUGUAGCGUUGACUACCGGUCAGAAAACGGUCAGUUCGCAGACGCUGUCCAAACACUCCGACUCCGACGCAAUUGUGUACGAGGGCUGCGGCGAGCGCGGUAACGAGAUGGCCGAAGUGCUGAAUGAUUUCCCCGAGUUGACCAUGACGGUGAUCGACUGCGAGGUGCCUAUCAUGAAGCGUACGACCUUGGUGGCUAACAUCAGUAACAUGCCUGUGGCGGCCCGUGAGGCUUCGAUCUACACGGGUAUCACGCUGGCCGACGGUUAUCCUGCCUACCUUGGUGCUCGUCUGACUGCUUUUCACAAGCGUGCUGGCCGUGUGGUGCGCCUUGGUAUCCCCAAGCGUGAGGGAAGCGUAACUGCCGUCACCCUCCCGGCGAUUUUCUUGGAUCGGGAUAAGAAGCUCGCUCAGCGCAAGCACUUCCUGCCCGUGAAUUGGCUUAUCAGUUACACCGGUGACGAGGACACAGAUCAAGACGUCUGUGAACCCAUGCUGUAG